CGUAUCCGAGAUUCACCAACAAUAAGGUGUGAGAUCUUUACUUUCUCAAGGUGUUGUCCUGUUCCAAGGAUAAGAAAUUCUGAGGAUUAAGUUUUAGUUUAUUUAUUGGCAUCCAGUUGUCUACAUCGUGGAUACAGAAUUGUAUAGAUGACAGAGCAACAGUUUCGUUAGCGUAAUCACCAGGUUUAAAGGCCAAAUAUAACUGAGUAUCAGCACAGGCACGUAGCUUGACCAAGUGUUUAAUAACAACGUUGAACAGCUUACUGGAAUAAAUGAUGAAUAACAGAGGACCUAGACAACUGCCUUGGGGAGCCCAAAAUCAAUACUAAACCAGUCUGACAAUAUGCCAUCAACUACAGCUUUCUGAGAGCAAUUUGAUAAGUAUGAAGCGAGUACUAGGAUUUUCUAGACACACCAAAUUCUGUGCAUAGACGCUUUAGGGUAAUUUUAUGGUCAACCAUAUCAAAGGCGGCACAGAGGUCCAGAAGGAUAACAAGAGAAUUUGAGUUUCAAGCAUCAAACACUUUAGAAAUUGUGCCAAACUAGCUUCCUCCCCUUCUCCCCCCACCCCCACCCCCCCAUAGAGUCCAAUGAGAUUCGGCAGAAGUGGAAAUCGACCUUAACAACAACUUUUUCCUCUGUUCUCUGUUUUCACUGUCAUGCCAUCAAAAACAAAAAUGCAAACUAUUGGGUACAGAAAUUCUAGAAUCUGGCAAAUGAAAGAGGAUAAAUAAUGCUAAAAGCGUUGCCAAGAAUCAGGUCUGUGCGAUAUUUCAUAUGCAAGAUAUUUGGAAAAACUUUUUACGUAAAUUUACAGUAUAAAGCUUUGUAUGGAGGUACCAUGUUGGUGUCCCUUUGAAGGGCACAAAUAUAGCUGCCGGUAACUAACAGAAACAUCUGUUUUUUAGUUUUCCUACAACUAACAAAUGCAUGAAAUUAUUGCUUGAGGAACACAUAAAGAUUAAAGUAAUAUUAAUUUUGUUCAGAGACAAGGAAUGUUUAGAUAGCAAAAUCUCAAAAUAUUGGUAAUGUCUUUUACCCACAUAAGAGCUUUCCUGGCUGCCAGCUAAAUGUCACAUCACACAAAAUCUGGGAAAUUCAAGCAUCCUCUUACUAUUUCUUUUUGUAAAUAAAGGUGUUUAGGUGCUCUAAUACCUCAUGAAAGUAGGAACUCAGACGAAUCGAUAGCUUCUUAGUUUGAAUUUUUGUGAUUUCAUGUGAAAACUGAGAAUUGAUUUUUAUCAAUUUUCAGUUUAAUCAACUGAUUUUAUCAGUAGUUAUCGAUUAUAAUCGAUUGUUGACAUUAUUGAUUGCAUUGGCCAGGGACUGAUAUAUAGUUGAUAGCAAUAAUGAUUACUGUAUCUGAAUUGUAAGUCUAAACUACUGUUUCAUUCAAAAGGUAUGGCUGUUUCGUUUACAAGUAUAAAUCAAAAUGCACUGUAAAAACAAUACACAUCUGUAAUUAUUUAUGUAUAACAAGAUGAAACCAGGUGGAAAGGGCACAGUUGUCGUUUGAUAUUCAUUUGUUACCAAAUAAAAUAGAUAGCAUUCCUAGAAAUAAUAGUUUGCUGUUCUGUUAAAAAGACCCCUUGAAAUUCAUGGCUUUAUAUUAGCUACACUUAUCAGUCUUUCUCAGACUAGAUCAAGACUAUGAUUUGCGUUUAGUCAACAAUUUGUUUGGUUAUCUAAGAGAAUCAAACAAAAUCAAACAGUUCAGUGCAGUUUUGCUUGACUUGUUUGAUAAUCAAACUCACAAAGGAUUCCUUGUUUGAUUUUAUUCGAUUGCCAAAAUCAAAUUCAAUCAAAAGAUUAAACUGUACAUCUGAUUGAAUUCAAUUGAAUUGGAUUGAAAUUUUGUUUGGUUUUGUUGCAUUACAGUGUAGAUAUGCCGGCAGACAUGUCCAACAUUUCAUGAUGCCACCACUGGAUGGUUUCCCCAUGAAAUGAUGUCUGAGUGAGUAACCAGCACAGGAAUUCUUAAGCUGACUAGAAAUUUUACAGAUCCAGGUAGUGCUUCUGACAGGCUGAAAAUUUGCUUCAUUCAUCAGAAGUACUAGCAGGAUCUGGAUGGUAGAUUAUGUACAUGUAGGUUGUGAUGUGCCAUAAGUAUGGAAUUUCUGCGCUCAUUCAGGACUCAGAUGUCAUUUCAUGGUGAAACCAGUAGUGGCGUUGCCAAAUGUCAGCUGAUUUCCCAGGCUACAUUGUACCUUAUCAUCAACCUACAUAUGCAGGUCACACAGCUGUAAAAUCUCAAAUCUCAAAUCUUUAUUUUAAGAUGGUAAAACAUUCAUCAGGUUUUUUGUUACAUGUAAAGUAUAACUACAUAACAAUAUUUAAUAAUAAUAAAUACAUAUCUAAAGAGUAAACUAUACCUGUUUUCCAUGAAUGCCAUGUAUCUAACUUAAUUAACUAAAAUAAAAGUUUAACAAUUGCUUAAAACGAUUUAUAGAUUUCUCUUGCCUAAGAUUGCAGGGCAGACUGUUCCAGAGAGUUGCACCUCUAUAGCUAAAGCUCCUUUUUUGGUAGUUGGUUCUUGGUAAAGGGACAUUUAAUUAUUUUGUAGAGUCCCUUAAGACAAAGCCUGACGUACUGCACUCAGUAAACGUAGAGGAUAAAUAGUCAGGAAGCAGAUCAUUAAGAGCUUUGAACACCAUUAAAGCUACUUGAAUUUGACGCUGGGUGAUCAGGUCUUUCCAACCAAGUUGUUGUAACAAGUAGCAAGUGUCAGCAUCAAAGGAGGAGGAAGUCAAAAUGCGAGCAGCACGAUUCUGCAGUUUUUGUAAUUUUUCAGAGAGAGUUUUGCUGCAAUUACCCCAGGCAAUACUACAGUAAUCGAAAUGGGUUUGUACCAAGGCAUUGUAGAUGUAAUGUAGUAUUUCUGGCAAAAUAAAAGGUCUAAUUUGCUUUAUGGCGCCAAUGCCGGAGGCAAUCUUUUUGGAUAGUUUGUCAAUAUGACUAUGCCAUGCCAUGUUACUAAUUCACUUGGGAUUCUCAUUGAUAAUAGUUGAAACUUGCUUUAUAGGGAUAUUAUCUACUGAAAGUUCAAGGGAUUCAGAUAAUGUACUCAGUUUUUGUCUAAAACCAAUUAACAUAAACUCGGUUUUACUUGAAUUCAGAGUAAGUUUGUUGCAGAGAAGCCAUGUGUGGAUGUUACUUACAUGUAAAUCACGAUUCAGACUAGACUGCAUUGAGUGUAAGUCUUCGCGAGCAUAUGUUAUGUGGGUGUCGUCUGCAUACAUCCUAGGUUGGCAGGACGACAAACAGUUUGGCAAAUCAUUGUUAUAGAUCAAAAAUAGAAGAGGACCAAGGAUAGUUCCCUGAGGGACCCCACAGACUAGAGAACAGACUUUAGAAAGCGAACCGUUGACUACACAUUUCUGGGUACUGUUAUUUAGAUACGACUUAGACCAAUUGUAAGCAGACUCCUGUAUUCCAUACAGACUAAGUUUACCUGAAAGAACAUCGUGAUCAACGGUAUCAAAUGCCCUUUUUAAGUCCAGGAAAACCACUACAUUUACAUUUCCGCGAUCUAUAUCAAGAGCCCAGCUGUCAGUCGCUUCUAAGAGAGCAGUGACAGUCGAGUGCAACGAGCGGAAACCUGAUUGUUGGUUGGUGAUUAUCUCUUCAUUAGCCAAAAAACUAUACAGUUGAUUAUACACUAUUCUCUCGAAUGUACUUUUCAAUAUUAAUUUUCACAGUGAAAUCAAAACCUUACAAUUCAUUAAGUAUAAAACAUUAUAAAGUACAUGGGAGUUAGUACUGUAGUUAUCAUGUAAAGCACUUUCUUAGAUCUUGGCUGGAUCUGGAAUCAGCCAAUUCAAAUCACAGUUGUAGUUGAUAAACACCCUGUCGUAUCACAUUCUUGGUUGUAAUAAUAUUUUUACGUACACCCCAGCUUGCUUUGUUAAGAUUAAUUAAAACAGUGUGUGAAAAGUUUUAGGCCCUUUUUAAAAAUAUUUUAAUAUACAUGUAGAUACAAUAUAAAUACUUUUUUGACUGAGGGUUUCACUAGAUGUCCACAGAUACAGACUGUCUAACCUUUUAAAGCCUGUAAGUAUGUAAAAUUGGGGUAUUUUUAAGACCGACUUAUCAGGCAAAUGCCGAAUGCACCAUUUGCUACGGGGGGUCUGAUUGCAUAUUAAUUGGGAUUCGGGAUUUUCAAGCAAAAUUGGGAGAAUCCCACAUGUAGAUCUGGAUGGUUGGACAGUGUGCUGUUAAUAUUAUGCACAUGACCCUCAGCAAAAAAUAAAACAACAAAAAUAAAAAUUACAUACAUGUGUAUAAUCCUAGAAAUUCCUAUAGGCCACUGCAAAAAAUACCAUAAUAUUCUAAAACUGCUGUUUGGGUAGAGCUUCCUGUAAACCAGACGUUCACAUUAUCUUUUGUUCUUCACACAAAAUGCACAUGCAGUGCUUGUUUUCCAAAAAUGGAACCCAGAGUACGUGUAGGAGGCUUGCACUAGAACCUGUAGCUUUAUGUUUGAUUAAAGACACCUUCCAACUCACUCCUUUCGUUGCUGUACUCCUGAACGUAUAAAAAGACAAUGUUGAACGUUUGCAUCCAAAUACACUGAGUAUGCAAAUUUUUGACAAACUGACCCGCAUUGCACAUGCAAAUCGUGCACAAAAGAUAAUGCAAAAGUAAGGUUACAAGUACAUGAAGCAGUACCCAAACGACAAUUUUUCAAGAAGAUUAUGGUAUUUUUCACAGUGGCCUAUUUACAAACAAUAUAAUAUGUAGAUUUCGCUAGGGCUGAAAAGGGAAGCUCCCAUUGAUACAUUUAUCAUUGAAAUCAAACAAUAAACUUGUAUUCCACAAAUCAGUACUUUAGAGCACAUUCAUGUGACUUUUGAGCAAAAGGGCCAAGUGAUUUUAGAGAAAAAAAUUAUUUUGCAAACAGUCCAAAAGUGAACCAAAUCUUACAUCAAGUUGAUAGCCUUAUAUGUACACCCAAAAAAUAGCAAUCGAGGCUCUUGAUAACAAUAGAUUAGGCCUGGAAAACAAAUUCUUGGAAAAAAAUCAGGCCGAAUUUUUGGUUUUUGACAAGUUUUAAACUUUACAAAAUCUUGCCAACAAAAUCUGGGGGCAUGUAAACCAACCUUUUAAUAUACUUUUUAUACAUCACAUCUGAGGUGAAACGGUACUAUGAGGCGCUGUUUUUAUCAUACAGACCUCGGACAGAAUGCAGUAGUUCACAAUUUUGCAAUACAAAUUGCACUCAUUUAAUAUUCAGGACGAUGGAAGCACGCGUGGGAUUUUGGUAAAACCAUUUAAAAAAUUUCCAAAAUCACCUAUUACGGCCAGUCGGUUCUCACUCUUGACUAGCGCCAAAUUUGCAGUGAGAGCUGAGUGUUUGAAUGAACAUUAAUAGAGUUACGCUUCAACGUGAUAGACGACUUAUUAUGUUUAUUUUAUGAACGAUGCGUAAUCUUCAAAAGCAUUUGAUACGCGUGGCAUUUUGAGUACUCCUGCAAGCGAUGUUCAUGAAUGACCGAAACCAAAUGGCACAGCGAUUAAAAUUGCAAGAGAGACUACUAACAAUCAAUAAAAGAAAUAUAAUUCAGUGAAACAUUUACGGAGACAACAAUUUUCAUUCAUGAGUACAAGUAUUAACGUGUCUUUAAAAGUCCUGAGUCUCCAAGCUUAAAGCUUAAGUUUAUGUUUUAAGCCGGUUUCCCGAUGUUUGCUAUUUUCAAAGAUGAACUCGAUGCAAGAAAAUCGCUCAAAGCUUUCUUUUACAGCCAGAAUUAUACCAAAAUAUUCUUUGGAACGUUUUCCUCCUAUUUGCGGCGAGGAAAUGCCUAAAGGCUUUUCAAAGUUCUGUAUGCUUAUAUCAAACCUGAUGCUCGGUCAGAUCAUUAGGGCCAUUUAUACGAGGAAAAAUAAGACGGGUCUUACAUAAGACGCGAACUGUACCAUUUAUACGAGCAUGUCUUAUCUAAUAAGACGCGUCUUAGCUAAGCCGCGUCUUAUUUUAGACGAAAUGUGCCGUUUAUACGGAAAGUUCGCGUCUUUUGUAAGACGCGUCUUAUUUUUCCUCGUAUAAAUGGCCCUAUUGUCUCAAAUCUUACAAACAUGCAUUAACUAAAUAGCCGCAUAAACUACGCUGGACUUCGUUAAAUUAGAUAUAAAAAACAAACAUCAAAUACAAUAAUUACUCAGGCUUACCAUUGGAGAUGCAGCUCCUAAAAGGUAUCAAGUAAGGCCAGAAUCGCUUCAUACUUUUCAACCCUCUUACUCAUCAAGCAAAGUGAAAAUCGAAAACAAUGCCAGCCGAAAUCGGAUUUCCGACUUCGACAAGCGACGUAUUUCUCAACCAAAAACUCUGGAUAGCAGCUGAAUUUCAUUUUCUACAUCCAGUGGAAAAAGACAGUGAACAACAUCACAAGAUGGCACAAAACUCUGUUAGCUUCAGCUGUCAAAGUAAACAAGUUUCAAGAUGCUGCAUAAAUUCUCCGCAUGAACUCACCUGUCAAAUUUUGACCAAUCAGAGCAUAAAAAUUGGACAUAGAGCGUGACCAAUACGUGACCAUGGUGAGAAGUUAAAAGCAACUUCUUCCCUGCCUGUAAUAACUGCCUGAAUUUUCGCAUCCGCUAGAAAGUGUGAGAUUUAACAUUGGUUUUCCUGUGGUACGGGCGGGCGGGCAGUGUACUGGCAGUGUACGUGGUUACCAAAUUUUCUGGGAUGGGUAGAUUUACUUAGCUAUGGGGCUCCGUUUGCGCGCGUGGGGCUCCGCUAAUAUAGUUGUUUGCAAUGAUUAUGUUAAUGACAGGUACGUUUUAAGGUUCAGCCAAAAAUUAAUGUGCUGUUUGAUUGUGCCUCUUUAUCCCUUUUGGGGAGUUCAUUCCAGAGAAAGGAAAAUACAGUGCGAGACAGGUGACAACUGAUAAUGCUUCUCCAAUAGUGUGUUUGUUUCAAAAUAAAAUGAUGUUUCUGUCAAAAUUAUGCUGCCUUAUUUCUGUUGAACCUCUAUUGAGCGCCGAACCUUUAUUAAGCGGCCACCUAACAGUAUCCCAAUGGUGGCCAGCUAACUUAUAAUAAAUAAAGAUAGUACAACGCGUAAUGUAAUAUGAAAUUGAAAUGUUAAUUAUAAGUUAUGAAAUGAAUGGUUUUCAGUAAAAAUUAAUGUGUGUACAGUAAACACAGUAAAAAGAAGUUAUGAUGAUUAUACCUAGUAGAUCAGCAGCAAACUCAUAGAGGGCAACCCAAUGGACCAUUUCAUUAAGUAUAAAACAUUAUAAAGUACAUGGGAGUUAGUACUGUAGUUAUCAUGUAAAGCACUUUCUUAGAUCUUGGCUGGAUCUGGAAUCAGCCAAUUCAAAUCACAGUUGUAGUUGAUAAACACCCUGUCGUAUCACAUUCUUGGUUGUAAUAAUAUUUUUACGUACACCCCAGCUUGCUUUGUUAAGAUUAAUUAAAACAGUGUGUGAAAAGUUUUAGGCCCUUUUUAAAAAUAUUUUAAUAUACAUGUAGAUACAAUAUAAAUACUUUUUUGACUGAGGGUUUCACUAGAUGUCCACAGAUACAGACUGUCUAACCUUUUAAAGCCUGUAAGUAUGUAAAAUUGGGGUAUUUUUAAGACCGACUUAUCAGGCAAAUGCCGAAUGCACCAUUUGCUACGGGGGGUCUGAUUGCAUAUUAAUUGGGAUUCGGGAUUUUCAAGCAAAAUUGGGAGAAUCCCACAUGUAGAUCUGGAUGGUUGGACAGUGUGCUGUUAAUAUUAUGCACAUGACCCUCAGCAAAAAAUAAAACAACAAAAAUAAAAAUUAAAUACAUGUGUAUAAUCCUAGAAAUUCCUAUAGGCCACUGCAAAAAAUACCAUAAUAUUCUAAAACUGCUGUUUGGGUAGAGCUUCCUGUAAACUAGACGUUCACAUUAUCUUUUGUUCUUCACACAAAAUGCACGUGCAGUGCUUGUUUUCCAAAAAUGGAACCCAGAGUACGUAUAGGAGGCUUGCACUAGAACCUGUAGCUUUAUGUUUGAUUAAAGACACCUUCCAACUCACUCCUUUCAUUGCUGUACUCCGGAACGUAUAAAAAGACAAUGUUGAACGUUUGCAUCCAAAUACACUGAGUAUGCAAAUUUUUGACAAACUGACCCGCAUUGCACAUGCAAAUCGUGCACAAAAGAUAAUGCAAAAGUAAGGUUACAAGUACAUGAAGCAGUACCCAAACGACAAUUUUUCAAGAAGAUUAUGGUAUUUUUCACAGUGGCCUAUUUACAAACAAUAUAAUAUGUAGAUUUCGCUAGGGCUGAAAAGGGAAGCUCCCAUUAAUACAUUUAUCAUUGAAAUCAAACAAUAAACUUGUAUUCCACAAAUCAGUACUUUAGAGCACAUUCAUGUGACUUUUGAGGAAAAGGGCCAAGUGAUUUUAGAGAAAAAAAUUAUUUUGCAAACAGUCCAAAAGUGAACCAAAUCUUACAUCAAGUUGAUAGCCUUAUAUGUACACCCAAAAAAUAGCAAUCGAGGCUCUUGAUAACAAUAGAUUAGGCCUGGAAAACAAAUUCUUGGAAAAAAAUCAGGCCGAAUUUUUGGUUUUUGACAAGUUUUAAACUUUACAAAAUCUUGCCAACAAAAUCUGGGGGCAUGUAAACCAACCUUUUAAUAUACUUUUUAUACAUCACAUCUGAGGUGAAACGGUACUAUGAGGCGCUGUUUUUAUCAUACAGACCUCGGACAGAAUGCAGUAGUUCACAAUUUUGCAAUACAAAUUGCACUCAUUUAAUAUUCAGGACGAUGGAAGCACGCGUGGGAUUUUGGUAAAACCAUUUAAAAAAUUUCCAAAAUCACCUAUUACGGCCAGUCGGUUCUCACUCUUGACUAGCGCCAAAUUUGCAGUGAGAGCUGAGUGUUUGAAUGAACAUUAAUAGAGUUACGCUUCAACGUGAUAGACGACUUAUUAUGUUUAUUUUAUGAACGAUGCGUAAUCUUCAAAAGCAUUUGAUACGCGUGGCAUUUUGAGUACUCCUGCAAGCGAUGUUCAUGAAUGACCGAAAACAAAUGGCACAGCGAUUAAAAUUGCAAGAGAGACUACUAACAAUCAAUAAAAGAAAUAUAAUUCAGUGAAACAUUUACGGAGACAACAAUUUUCAUUCAUGAGUACAAGUAUUAACGUGUCUUUAAAAGUCCUGAGUCUCCAAGCUUAAAGCUUAAGUUUAUGUUUUAAGCCGGUUUCCCGAUGUUUGCUAUUUUCAAAGAUGAACUCGAUGCAAGAAAAUCGCUCAAAGCUUUCUUUUACAGCCAGAAUUAUACCAAAAUAUUCUUUGGAACGUUUUCCUCCUAUUUGCGGCGAGGAAAUGCCUAAAGGCUUUUCAAAGUUCUGUAUGCUUAUAUCAAACCUGAUGCUCGGUCAGAUCAUUAGGGCCAUUUAUACGAGGAAAAAUAAGACGCGUCUUACAUAAGACGCGAACUGUACCAUUUAUACGAGCAUGUCUUAUCUAAUAAGACGCGUCUUAGCUAAGCCGCGUCUUAUUUUAGACGAAAUGUGCCGUUUAUACGGAAAGUUCGCGUCUUUUGUAAGACGCGUCUUAUUUUUCCUCGUAUAAAUGGCCCUAUUGUCUCAAAUCUUACAAACAUGCAUUAACUAAAUAGCCGCAUAAACUACGCUGGACUUCGUUAAAUUAGAUAUAAAAAACAAACAUCAAAUACAAUAAUUACUCAGGCUUACCAUUGGAGAUGCAGCUCCUAAAAGGUAUCAAGUAAGGCCAGAAUCGCUUCAUACUUUUCAACCCUCUUACUCAUCAAGCAAAGUGAAAAUCGAAAACAAUGCCAGCCGAAAUCGGAUUUCCGACUUCGACAAGCGACGUAUUUCUCAACCAAAAACUCUGGAUAGCAGCUGAAUUUCAUUUUCUACAUCCAGUGGAAAAAGACAGUGAACAACAUCACAAGAUGGCACAAAACUCUGUUAGCUUCAGCUGUCAAAGUAAACAAGUUUCAAGAUGCUGCAUAAAUUCUCCGCAUGAACUCACCUGUCAAAUUUUGACCAAUCAGAGCAUAAAAAUUGGACAUAGAGCGUGACCAAUACGUGACCAUGGUGAGAAGUUAAAAGCAACUUCUUCCCUGCCUGUAAUAACUGCCUGAAUUUUCGCAUCCGCUAGAAAGUGUGAGAUUUAACAUUGGUUUUCCUGUGGUACGGGCGGGCGGGCAGUGUACUGGCAGUGUACGUGGUUACCAAAUUUUCUGGGAUGGGUAGAUUUACUUAGCUAUGGGGCUCCGCUUGCGCGCGUGGGGCUCCGCUAAUAUAGUUGUUUGCAAUGAUUAUGUUAAUGACAGGUACGUUUUAAGGUUCAGCCAAAAAUUAAUGUGCUGUUUGAUUGUGCCUCUUUAUCCCUUUUGGGGAGUUCAUUCCAGAGAAAGGAAAAUACAGUGCGAGACAGGUGACAACUGAUAAUGCUUCUCCAAUAGUGUGUUUGUUUCAAAAUAAAAUGAUGUUUCUGUCAAAAUUAUGCUGCCUUAUUUCUGUUGAACCUCUAUUGAGCGCCGAACCUUUAUUAAGCGGCCACCUAACAGUAUCCCAAUGGUGGCCAGCUAACUUAUAAUAAAUAAAGAUAGUACAACGCGUAAUGUAAUAUGAAAUUGAAAUGUUAAUUAUAAGUUAUGAAAUGAAUGGUUUUCAGUAAAAAUUAAUGUGUGUACAGUAAACACAGUAAAAAGAAGUUAUGAUGAUUAUACCUAGUAGAUCAGCAGCAAACUCAUAGAGGGCAACCCAAUGGACCAAACCAAAAGCCUGCAGAGAGAAGCCAUGUUAGUCCACUUCAUCAGGAAAAAGCAAACACUGAUGGCAUGGAAUCAACCAUAGUUAAAUCGAGUGUGGCAGCUGGUUUUAGUUUUGGAGUUACAAAGGCUGAAUCCUCUGCACCAUUCACACAAAGGAGAAGUGGUACUCCAGUCUCUUCAUUUCCAGCUGUUGCAGGGUCUGGGUCUUCUUUUCCUGUACCUGCACAUGGUAUGUACUAUGAAAUUUAUAGUUAGCCUGUGUGGCAAGCGUUUGAAAGGGAAGGGGAAGAGAAUUAGGGCGCGAUACCACGCGCGGGGGAGGAGGGAGGAGGGGACCCUCCCUCUUUCCUCGCGCGCCCCUCGCGCCCCUCGCGUUUCUCUCGCGCCUAAAACUCUCUUUCCCAAAACUCCCUUUUCCUUCCCUUUCAAACGCCUGCCACGCAGGCUAAUUUAUAGUAUACUCAAGACAUUAUACAUUGCAUAUUUGUACAGCUUUCUCAAAAGAUGUUGUCGGAGGGAAAAUAAUUACCUUUAAGCCAAGAAAGACCGCAAGGUAAUUUGGGAUUUUUAUAAUGACUGGCUUUCAAUUCACUUUAAUAGAGGUGGUGUCGGGGUAUGAGGUAAUAAACUAGCGGGCACUCUACACAUCCCUGAGAACAAUGUAGAACAUUACAGCUGUAUUUGAGAGAAUUGUCACCUGGUAUCACCUGCAGUAUACUUUGGUGAGAUUUAUUUAAUGCUUGUAAAGGAACGGUUAGUAGGAAGUGGUUUUGUUUAUAAUAAUUCCUUGGCCUAAUUCGAUACCACUUUGAGGUCAACCAACAGUAGAAUUGUGUAAGUAGAGCUAUGACAUUAGAGUUAGAGUUAACCACUUCCAAAAUACUCAAUUCAAGAUUUUGGAAGGCCAAAAUCCUGAAUUCCUGAACUAUGCAGAUUCAAGAUCGGUCGGUGCGGACUGCGGACUAGGGACUGCGGACUGCAGGCCGAGCAUAAACUGUAGUCGUGGAAAGGUUUAAGGGCAAAAAAAUCCCGCAAAUACAUGUAAACGAACACUUACUUGAUGACAUCUGCUUUCCCAAAUCCAUUCCUUUUUUUCUCUGGAAUGUCGUCAAUGACCCGAAAACAUAAUCGCAACCUUGAACCUUUUUUCCGUCUGAGAGACCUCGUGCUUCUGCUUUAGACGCGAAGUUCUCGAUACAAGNAACGGUUAGUAGGAAGUGGUUUUGUUUAUAAUAAUUCCUUGGCCUAAUUCGAUACCACUUUGAGGUCAACCAACAGUAGAAUUGUGUAAGUAGAGCUAUGACAUUAGAGUUAGAGUUAACCACUUCCAAAAUACUCAAUUCAAGAUUUUGGAAGGCCAAAAUCCUGAAUUCCUGAACUAUGCAGAUUCAAGAUCGGUCGGUGCGGACUGCGGACUAGGGACUGCGGACUGCAGGCCGAGCAUAAACUGUAGUCGUGGAAAGGUUUAAGGGCAAAAAAAUCCCGCAAAUACAUGUAAACGAACACUUACUUGAUGACAUCUGCUUUCCCAAAUCCAUUCCUUUUUUUCUCUGGAAUGUCGUCAAUGACCCGAAAACAUAAUCGCAACCUUGAACCUUUUUUCCGUCUGAGAGACCUCGUGCUUCUGCUUUAGACGCGAAGUUCUCGAUACAAGUGACCAUGAAUUGGUACAACACCACAAUGUUUACGCUUAAAUAAAAGCUGCUGACCCAAAAUACUGUACAGAAAGAAUUAUGGUAAUAAAAAGGCAGUAACUCGUCAAAAUCUUGGGACCAAUCUCUAACAUACGUUCAUAAAAAAGUUUGUCUUAGUUUUACUCAACAAUAAGCCUUUUUGAAAAGAAACGUCUUCAGGGCUUUCUUUAAACUACCCACAGAAUCGCACACUCUUAGCUCCCGUGGAAGGGCAUUCCAAAGCUGGGAGGAAACAUAUAGAGAAAUGCCCUGAACCCGUACGAUUUUAAAUUAUAAGAUUGUGUAUUCAGAAGCUGCAUGUUUCCUGAUCUAAGGCUACGGCAAGGUCUGUAGAAGUCUAAUAGAUCCUGGAGAUAAACAGGUUCCAUACCAUUCACCACUUUAUAUGUAAGUAACAAGAUCUUAAAUUUUACGCGCUGCUCAACUGGCAACCAAUGAAGCUCCAUUAGUACUGGUGAUAUGUUAUCAUGCUUCCUAGACAAUGAAACCAGCCUAGCUGCGGAGCUCAACACGUAUUGCAGGCGCUGGAUCUUAUACUUCGGAAGGCCAUACAAGAUUGCGUUACAAUCAUCUAACUUAGAAGUCACAAAAGCGUGCACCAAAGUCUUAGCGGUUUCCAUACUGAGAACGUUCUAAUUCUCGAAAUUAAUCUAAUCGAGUGAAAAGCAGAUUUACAUAUUUGCUCGAUCUGUUUAUCAAAACUAUGAUUGGAGUCAAAAGUAACCCUAAUGUUCCUUGCAUGAUCAGUGGGCUUGAGGUUAGCGCUAGCUCCUUGCAGACAGUCCAGGGAGGGGGCAGGCCGAUGCUUGGCGUGGAAGACUAGGACCACUAUAUACAGGCAAAAAAAUAAUGGAAAUGCGCUUUGGGGAAGUAAAAGGGUGACUGCGUCCUCUAUAACAUACAGGUGGCUGCUAUUUACCGGUCAACUUUACAGAAAAUAUAAAGCGAAAUUUUCGGGAAAUUGUCUGGUGACAGUUAUAGUAGUAGGGUUGAAGUCGAAAUGUAAGCACUUUCUGCGAGUCCUUGGUUGGUAGGCGUGCUAAGGGCUUGCAAAAAGUGGCCACAUUUUAUGACUCUGACUCUACUACUUGUGCGGUGGAGCGGAAGCACAUCUUCGUGGGAGAAUGACCUUGCUGCUGACACCACACACCCCUGCAAUUAGUGGUAAUAUCUUUUCUGCCACCAACCCACCGCAAGAGAAGGGCAGCCCUGGCAAAAAUUGCGCUGGUCAUAACCCCGCUGUGGGGGCAAGCAAAAUGGCAACGCCCCGCUAACACUUUGUUGCCUGAUUCGUCGUCAACAGAGAGAAAACACCCCUGUUAGACAUUGGCAUCAUUGCUGCACAGAACGCUCUGAUGGUGGACUGGGAUGUAGGAUCAUCUUACAAGCCGUUCUUGAUGAGUUUCUGGUUUAGCCUGUCGCUCGGACUAUGUACGCAGAAACAGGGGAAGACGUUUUUCUGAAUCCGGCAAGGGAGCCACCCCUAAGGGAGUAUCACCCAAACCAGCCAAAGCGAACCAAAAACAUUCGGGGCACUAAACCCACGGGUGGGGUGGAAAGAUUUGAUCCUUUUCACUCAACGCACUAUUAUGCAGAAGCGGAGGCUACAACAAAGUGGGUAAAUCUGUUGGAAAGGCACAUGGAGCCUAAACUUCCGAACUGGUACGAAGCCCUGAUUGCAGAAUUUGCUUGUGAGGUCGAAAAGGAAAGGGGCUGA